GUUUACCCUAAAUAAUACUAGUACUAUGCAAUCCACUUCACGACCUAAUUCCCGCGCUGGAUUUCCCCCGCCACCAAACUCACUCUCUCCCCACCACCUCAACCAGACAUGCCCCCGGCGGCGCUCACCCAAUCCGCCACCAACCUCCUCCGCCACCACCACCGCCUCACCACCACGCGCACCUUCAUCAACGCCAGGGUCAAAUGGGUCCGAGACCCAUACCUCGAUACCGCCGUCGAAAAGGAGAAGAACCUCAGCCCACUCCUCUCCCUCAAAUCCCUAAUCCUCUCCCAACCCUCCAGGACCCUACCCGUCUCCGCCGCCGCCGUCCACAAGGACCGCCUCCGCCUCCCCACCGCUGCCGCGAAGUUCAUCCGGAAAUACCCCUCGGUUUUCAAAGGAUUCCGGCCAAUCAAGAAGCUGGCCCUGCCCCACGUCAAGAUCACUCACCAAGCCCUAAUUGUGCACAACGAGGAGGCCCGAGUGUUUGACUCGGCGGUGCGGCGGAAAGAGGCGGCGGAGAGACUCGCCAAGCUGUUGAUGCUGGCCGGAACGAGGAGGGUUCCGUUGGAUGUGGUGGAUGGGUUUCAAUUCGACCUGGGUUUGCCUCAUAAUUACGUUCUUACUUUUCUUUCGGAAUUUCCUGAGUACUUUCAGGUAUGUGGUAUGGACUGUAGGGACUCAAAUGGUAUUCAAAUGCUAGGGCUAGAGUUGAUUUCUUGGAGAGAUGAACUUGCUGUCUCUGCAAUGGAGAGAAGGGCAACGGGUGUGAAUUCUGAGCGCAGAAGGGGUAUGCGAAUUGCAUUUCCGAUGGAUUUACCAAGGGGAUUUGACUUGGAUAAGAGAGUGAAGAACUGGGUUGAUGAAUGGCAAAAGUUGCCUUACAUUUCGCCCUACGAAAAUGCAUUUCAUCUUGCUCCGGAUGGCAAUCAAGCAGAGAAGUGGACAGUGGCAGUUCUUCACGAAUUGGUUCAUCUUAUGGUGUCGAAGAAGACGGAGAGAGAGAAUUUGUAUCGGCUGGGGGAUUAUCUGGGAUUCGGGAAGAGGUUUAAGAAGGCUUUGGUGCACCAUCCUGGAAUAUUUUAUGUAUCAAAUAAAAUUAGGACUCAGACUGUGGUUCUAAGGGAGGCUUACAGGAAGGACUUCUUGCUCGAGAAGCAUCCAUUGAUGGGUAUGCGCUACAGGUAUAUUCAUCUCAUGAACAAGAUGGUGAGACGGCAUAGACCAAUUCGAGUUGGACAGAACAGGCGUAGAAAACAGAUUGUUUGAUCGAUGGAGGAGGAUUAAGUAAAAAUAGUCCGACAACAUGGCAGUGGAAGAAAUGGAAUUAAAUUGAGCAGGCGGGGAUUUACCGGAUUAGGAUGUGAACUUGGUCCAUGGCAGAGCAUCUAGAUUCCGGAAGAAAAGACUUGGGGUGAAGUGGAAUUGACAAUUUUGGCCGAGAAAGCCGAAAUGGAAUCUCGGCCGAAAUGGAAGACUUCCAACUGUCGAUCAAAAAGGAGCUGUAUUCAAUGAGGAGGAUGUACUCGAAGAUGGCUCAAUGUGUCUGAAGGACAGGAUGGUUGCGCCAUUUUCAACAAAACAAGACGGAGUUCAGUAUAUGAUGUUGGUUAUAUUUGGGCUCUUGUGGCUGGGUAAAUCUCCUUCAGUCUGUUCGGUGAUUACGCAGAAAGAGGUUUGGUCUUUUCCCUCAUGGGCCUCAUCUGACAAUCUGAAAGGACUAUUAGGCAUCCCUACUGAAUGAAACCUGGGGACUGCCAAUCGAAUGAGCCUCCGAUGAUGCUUCGAGAGUCUUCUUGUUGCUGUUGGUCUCACAGGAACUGACUUCCAAACAAGUUGCCUCAAAUAGAGCAAUUCUAGGUACACAUCCAACUUUAUAUCCGCUCUUCCAUCCUCUCUUAGAACUGAUGGUGGAGUGGAUUGAGUUUGGGUUAACUUAAAGUUUUGACCUUUUUGUUCUUAUUAUCAUAUUCUGUAAACUUGUGAAUAGUUUCGGGCGAAAUUCCAUCAUAAUCUGAUAGGUCGAGAGUAAUUGAAAGUGCUAGAAAAAAGAGAUGCUAAAUUUAAGUUAAAGUCAGAAUAUGGGCCAAAAGAAAUCUCUCUCCCCUCCAACUUUAGUAGUUAGGGAGGAUGAUCCAGAGGAUAUCAUCGUUACGCGGCCUAGGUAAUAACGGUUUUCCUGCCAUUUUGUGAUUUUGUCAGGGGUGUGGAAAGUUAAUUCAACCGGCCGAAGACAGUCUGGUCCAGUGAAACAUAGCAUUAUGGUGGCUGUGAGAAUUGGUUAGACAAAAGACUGAAUGGUUUCUUUGAUAACUCCGGUCCAGUGACUGGCCAAUUCGGGGGCCAAUCGCACCGUUGACAUUAUUCCAACUGCUUUUUCUUUUCUCAGGUUCCUUUAUGGAAAACUGGGCUCGUUUUGACAUCCCAUUAUUCUUGUUUUCCACAGACCAUUUUCAUAUAAAACUUGCCUCAUGAAGAACAUUAUAUGUCGUAUAAGACUUGAUUGCGGAAGCACUCAAAAGUCAAAAAUAUGGACCAAAAGAGAAGAAACAAUUUUCAUGUACAUUUUUUGUUUGGAGUAUAGACUUCGUUUAUUUCUAUUGCGGCCCGUCGGUUGCAAGGAAACUACUGUAUGAACUUGCCCAUAUUUGCGUAGCGAAUGAUUUCCGCGCCUACUUAUACGCAAAAAUGUUCAUAGUUUUGAUUUGUUAUGCGAAGUUACAAAAACACUUGGAUUUUGUUCAUGUAAUUUCAUCGUCGAUUUGGAUCUGUUUGAUUGUAGAUCUCAACGAGUAAUGUUUGGAGAAAUAACAUUACGUUUUAGAUUUCCAAAAUGUUUUAGCUUAUCGGCUAUUUUCGUCUCAAUUAUCGACUUCAAAAAAAAAAAAAAA